GGCUACGACCCUCCUUAUUAUGCAUUGAAUACUUUCCCAUCCCAGUUAGGCAACCUUUACAUAAAUUAGCAAGGAGUAAUAAGUGUACGCAAUAGAUAUUAGGGAUAUAGGUAUAAUAUGCCCCUCUACUAUGACGUUUUAUUAAACAUGCACCUCUACUAUUUUUUACGUCAAACAUGUCCUUGUACUUUGUAAAAAUGAUCAAACAUGUCAUUUUGUUAAAAUUUUCAUCUAAAAAGCGUUAACCAAGGCCGAACUUUAGUUUGGCCGACACAAAUAAGUAAAAUAUCUCUAAUAAAUUCACUUUAGAAUUUUUUGGUUAUUUUGUAUAAUCAAAUCAUUCAAAUAAUUUCACUUUGAAAAGACCCAGAGAAAUAAAACAGGGGACAAAACUGACAUUUUCCCUCCAAUUUGUCGAUCUCGGGUCGUCUAAAUCUCAAUUCAACCAUGAUUGACGAUUUUUUCAAUCGAAAUUUUAACAGAAGGGCAUUUUUGAUAAUUUUUCCAAAGUACAGGGGUAUAUUUGAUGUAAAAAAUAGUAGAGGGGCAUGUUUGAUAAAACGUCAUAGUAGAGGGGCAUAUUAUACCUAUAACCCUAGAUAUUAUUAAGCACAAUAAUUAAAUAAUCAAAAAGGAAAGAUUAAAAAACGCCACAAAAUGUUUAAUCUUGACACAUGUGUUAAACCAUUUUCUUCACACUCUAGAAUUCAGUUUUGAUUAAUCAAAAACCAUCUUACUCCUGGCGUGUGUUCGUUUCAAACGUCUUUCAUCUAAUUCAAACCAAACUACAACAUUGGUUGGGAAAAAAUGAAACGACGGAAACGCCGAAGGCGUGAAGUCCAAGUGACCGACUUGUUUAUAUUUGCUCUGCUUUGCUACAGAAUACCCAAAAAACCACCGGCGUUAGAAAACAGGGGAGUUUCCGUCCGUCCCUGGUUUCCCGCUUUCCCCUUCAUCGAUGAAACAGCAGAAAGCAAUCACUCCCCUGAAUUGAAUGCCCUCUACCAUCACGCCGUCAAUCUACUGGCCGUCGUAAACAAAAACCAGCAGCAAACCGGCUCUGUUAUAAGAGGGAAGUCAGCUAGCUAAGAUUUCCAUUCAUCCAUCCUCUUAUCAAUCAACGAGAUCGAACCCACCUUCCAUUUCCCCCUUACUCUCCUUCCUACACUCUAAAGUUGCAUUCUUUUUGUUGGUUAUGGCUUCACUUGUGCUCCUGUUGUCCCAGAUUGUUCGGCCGCAGAACCCCAACCUAGUCUUCGUAGCUGCCACACGGCCUCGUUUCUCUUUUAGCACCUCUGCUGCUACCGCUGCCACUUCCGCCGUCUCUUCUUCUGCUUCUUCAUCCUCUUCCGCUCCCACUUCCGCCGUCGCCAGCGUCGAGGACUCGGAGAUGGUAGCUGAGAUCAUCGAGGAGCCUCUGUUUUGUGUCGACAUGGUUUGGCCAUAGAAUGUUCUUUUGAUUCUCUUCUUGUAGUAGCUGUAUGUAUGAACUAUAAAAAAUGACAACCGGCAAAAGCCGGGGUACUCUUCUCCGUUUCAACUUCUCUUUUUAGUUACUGGGUUGUCACUUUAAUUCUUCGUCUCCCCUUAAUCAGUCAUUCCAGUUACAAUUUGGGCGCCACGCCUGUUAUCACUAGGCAAGCAAAUAUGGCUCUGUGAGAAGAAUUCCUUUUCGCUUCCUUAAGAAGAUGUACUACGGAGGAAUUGGUUACUCUACUUUCACAAGUUUGAGAGUUAACAUUCUCUACAUUGCCAUCGUCCUGCUACGGAAUAAAUAAUGAAGAUCCUCCCUACCACUUAAAAAACUUUGCAGUCUCAACUCUCAAUGACACUUGCAUCCGAAUUCCGGACACGUACAAAGAGAUCAGGAUGAAGUUUCCUAACUAAGGGUUGCAGAACUGGCGAAUGGCGAUGCAAUCAGUCUUUAAUAAUGCGAUCCGCCAAUUUUGCUCCCAACAGAACCUAGAAAGGAAGAGACUUUUCUAGUGGGCUAAUCAACCAAGAUUCUUUGGGUUUUUAAGGCUUUUUGGGCCAGAUGGAGCCCAAGAGGAGCCCAUAAUACUUCCUUCCUUUGAAUCAACCUAUACCCACCGGCCACUGCUCCCGGGGAUCGCCGGAGGAACAGAGGAAAGAAGACUCCUGGCGGCGCCACUUCAAUCUCAAAGACUCAAACCAUGCUUCCUUCUCAGUUCGCUGGUUAGUCCUUUCUUUCUUGCUUCCCUCCUUGCCUCUCCCUCGAGUUCGAAACUGAAAUCCGGCCUGUUUAAUUCUUGAUUUUGUACGGAUGGCCUUGGGGUUUCCGGACCAAGAAGCAGAAGCCGCAGUUCUAGGUACUGGCGGAAACCUUUCAGAGUGGUAACUUGUAGCUUAUUUUGCAAAACCCAUGUUGAAUAUUAUUCCAUGGUUUCCUGAAUAUUAUUCCAUGGUUUCCUAAAAGAAGUUGUGCUGAAAGCUUUUGCUCCACAACCAGAAUCGUGAUGUGCUUCUCAUUUGGGUACAGUCUGACUUCAUAACUUCAUUUGUGUCUACCAAAUUACCAAUAAACCAAGCCUCUCUUUUAUUAAUAUCAAGCAUCAGCACAAUCUCUGCACAUUUCUCCAGCCUUCUCUUCUCCAGUUUGUUUGUGGUGAGAGGCUCUACUGCCAUAGCCGAAGCACCGUGUUUCUCUGUGAACUCUUGAUCAUUACCUCUGAGGACUCAUAUUCAUGGUUAUGUUAUCGAACUUGGUUUAAGUAACGAUGUUUUCACCCAAAAAAAUCUGAUCAGAAUGUACUCAAAAGGUGGCCGCUUGCCUGAUGAAUGUAAGGUGUUUGAUGACAUGCCUCAGAGAAAUAUGGUUUCUUGGGCUUUGCUCAUAUCUGGUGCUGUUCAGGGGUGCGAAACUGAAUUGGGAUUAGAGACGUGAUUGGAUAUGGCAAGAUGAGUUUGUUCUUGGUAGUGUUAUGAAGAGGUGUACUUCUAUGGAAGCUGGAAUUUUUGGUGUGUCUAUUCAUUGUUGGGACUUGGGUGCUAGUUCGGCAAUUCAACUUUGAGUUUCUCUGUAAAAUGGAGGAAACUGAAGCUGCAGAUAGAGUUUUCAAGUAUAUGGAGAAAGUAGAUGUCGGUUGUUGGAAUUCUAUCCUCGGUGGAUAUGCCCACGUGGGGUUUGACGUUGAAGCUCUGAGCAUUGCAUCCUCAAUGUGAUGUCAAGGACUAAAGUUUGACAAAUAUACCUUUGUCAGCUCUCUUCAAGGAAGUUAAGUGGAGUCAGAUUUGCAUUUUUGGAGGCAGAUUCAUGGACUGAUUCUCAGAACUGAAGAAGUUAUAGUAUGUCUGUAAGAAUGCUCUUAUGGACAUGUACACCAAGAAUGCCAGGGUAGAUUGUGCAAUGGAAGUUUUUGGGAAAAUGGUUGAUAGGUAUAUUUUCACAUGGAAUACUGCAUUUGGUUGCCUUACUCAUACCAAGGGUUCGAAGAAAGUCGUGAACUUCUUUCCCAAUUUUAUGUUAAGCAGCAUAAGUCCCAAUCAUAUUACAUUCUCAUUGCUAUUUAGGCUAUGUGGGGAGCUAGUGGAUGAUGUGAUUCUUGGUCUUCAGUUUUGUCCUCUUGCAGUCCACUUUAGAUUCUUUCAUGAAGUAAACGUAACAUCUUCUC